AUGAACAAGGGAUCACAUCCAACUCGGGUACAUUGCCAGGUGGAAAAUGCGCCUUGCUACUUUAACUUUCGACCGAGGGAGAAUCAAGGAAGACACAAGCCCAAAUUCCCGAUGCAAGGAUUCUCCAUAACUGCUAAAGUGGUAAAGGAAUAUGGUGUGGAUAGGACCAAUGUGUUUUGGGCACCAGUGAAGGACGCAAUACAGCUGGUAUCGGGCACUGUGGGAAGCAGGAUGGAUAGGCCUUUGUUCAGAUGCCCUCAUACUAAGCUCUUUCUCCUAUCGCUGGCUCUUGCAGAUGAACUGCUCAGACAAGCUCGACGGCAUCGCGUCAUCAUUGGGUCUGGAUGUGUUGCAAUCCUCAUACUAGUGGGAGCUGUGAUAGGGCUUGGCUUUUGGGAGCCUAAGGGAUGCCCUCUAACAGCACACCUGGCUUCGUGGUUUUUUCUUCUUCCAGAGAAUUCAGAUUGCAAGCUCUGCCCGGAAAACUGGCAGCGCCAUGGAGACAAGUGCUACUGGAUUUCCAGGGAGAAGGGAACCUGGAACAAGAGCCAAAAUGAUUGUGCAGCAAAAGAUUCUCAACUCGCUGUGAUACAAAAACAGGUGGAAUUGGAUUUCAUACGUCAUAAAACUGAUGGAGGGCAACUUCUGUGGAUUGGAGUGACCACCAUACCUCCUGCUCAUGAAUGGUCUUGGGUUGAUGGCUCCCCACUAAAUGACACACUAUUGCAAGUCACAGGUCUUGCUGAAGCGAACAGCUGCGGGAUGCUGAAGGGGAAGAGAGUUAAUUCAGAAGCCUGCAGUGCCAUAGCCAAGUGGAUCUGUGAGACGGAAGUUCGUCUGGUGUAAAUAAUAACAAAGGAGGGAAAGAGAAGACGUGGGCCCAUGCAAUCACGAUGGCAAGAUCCUGUGAUGAUUGUGCUGACACGUGCAGCCGAAUCAAAGGGGGAAAGAUUGCUUUUGAGACUAUGUUUGUUCUUUGUGAAAAGUGCUUCUAUGUCAAAAUCAGUGAGCCUCUUAAAACUUUGCAGAAGUGUCCCUGUUGGGUGUGAUUCUUUCCCAGAAAUGCUGGAGACAGUGUUGAAGUCCAGGACUGGCCACAGUGCCUCACCCACUUAGCUUGGAAGAGGUGGAACAUGGAAAGUGAGAAUUUCCAUACCCUAAGUUACAUCUGAAACCCUUGGAUACCCUUUGCAAAGUGGAAAUAGUAAUGUUAGUGCAGUGGUUUCUUGCUGGUCUGGGGGGUUCUUAGAAAAUGCUAAAAGCUGCCCACCUUCUGGAGCUGGACAGACAAAUUAAUGGAUCACGUAAAAGACACAGUCCCCCCUUAACUUCACCCUACCCCUUUUCUGACAGGUGCAGCUCAUGUCAUGAGGGAGUAAUCCAAAUAAAUUCUCAUUUACAACCAAAUUAAUACAGUGGUAC